AUGUCUGCCCGCUCACUCCUCAACUCCGCCUCCAAGGCCCUCCGCCCCUCCAUCCUCACCCAAACCGCCACGCGCAGAACCAUCUCCCAAACCCCCCGUCUCCUCCUCAAAGAAUCCGCCUCCUCCGACCCCAACGCCUCAAACUACGAGCACCAUAAACAAGACUCCCUCUCCAAGCAGAAAAAGGGCCAAGGCCAUUGGAAGCCCGAGCUGGCGUCGGUGAGCGAGGAGAGCGUGAAGGCGGACCGAAUGGCGCCUGAGGAGGCGAGCGAGGCGGCUAUGAAGAGGCUGCAGGAGCAGACGAAGGGACGGGCGGAGGAGACGAGUAAGAAGGGGACGAGUAUGCGGGAUGGGUUGUAA